ACCUGCCUCAAGCCCUCUCGACCAUACCUGCUAAUGGUGGGGGUCAAUGAAACACAAAAAUACCAGUAAAAAUCAAAAGAAGCAUUGCAGAAAGCAAAAGCUUUUCAUCUUCUUCUUUUCUUCUAGAAUAUAAGCUUUUUUUCUUCUUUAUGUCCUUUGUGUUUAUCAAAAGCUGAAAUUUGAACCCUUUUUUCCUUUCCCCCACUAUUCCAAGCUUUCCACCAUUUUUACACCUCCCAAAACCUUUGAUUAGCUUGGUUAAACAAUCUCCAAUUAACAUAAAUAGUCCUUUUUUCAAGCGAACAAUAUGUUGGGUUACACCACAAGUGCUUCUGCACUUCCAUCUUCUUCAUCUGAUCCACUCAGUCCUUUAGAAAAUGGGGUCACUCAGAAAAGAAAAAGAAAGCCAGCAGGCACCCCUGAUCCAGAUGCAGAAGUGGUUUCUUUGUCUCCAAAAACAUUGUUGGAAUCUGACAGGUAUGUGUGUGAGAUCUGUAGCCAAGGGUUCCAAAGAGACCAGAACCUUCAAAUGCAUAGGAGAAGGCACAAGGUGCCAUGGAAGUUGCUGAAGAGGGAGAACCAAGAGGUGAAAAAGAGAGUAUUUGUUUGCCCUGAGCCAAGCUGUUUGCACCAUGAUCCUUGCCAUGCUUUGGGAGAUCUGGUUGGGAUAAAGAAGCAUUUCAGAAGGAAACACAGUAAGCAAAAACAGUGGGUUUGUGAUAAGUGCUGCAAAGGGUAUGCUGUCCAGUCUGAUUUCAAAGCUCAUCUCAAAAUCUGUGGCACUCGAGGCCAUUCUUGUGACUGUGGUCGUGUUUUUUCCAGAGUGGAGAGUUUCAUUGAGCACCAAGAUUCUUGCAGUGCUCGGCGAAUUCAACCGGAAUUACUGACGGCAGUGCUGCCUUCCUGCUCUUCUCGAACAGCUCCAAGUGCUAGUCCAUCAAGUGAUACCAACUUAAACUUUAGCAUAGCCCCGACGGGGACGCCGUUGCUUGGAUUGCCAAUGCCAAGGUCAACUGAGCCUGUUUUCUUGUACGGUCAGGCGCCUACCCUCGACCACCACCGGCACCACCGCCUUCUGCAACAUGAUCUUGAACUUCAACUUCUGCCAUCCUCAAGCGCUCACUCAACAUGGUGGAAUUCAGAUAAGAAUGAGAACCGCGCAACUAAUUUGAAGCUAUCGAUAGGGUCAAGCGAGAGUGUUGAGAACAUUGAAGCAAACACGCUUGCUAAUGCUACAGAAACAGCAUUGGAAGCUUUGAAAGAGUUGGCCAUUGCGGAGAAGACUUACGCCGAAAAGGCUAGACUAGAAGCAAAGAGGCAAAUCGAAAUGGCGGAGCUGGAGUUUUCAAGUGCAAAGAGGAUAAGGCAACAAGCGCAAAGUGAACUAGAGAAAGCUCAAGCCUUGAAAGAUGAAGCAACAAAGAAGAUAAAUGCUAUAAUCAUGAAGAUCACUUGCGGAGCUUGCAAGCAUCAAUUCCAAGCUGCCACAGCUGAUGAUGAGACCUCACUUGCAAUGAGUUACAUGUCUUCAGCCACAACCGAAGGGGAAGGAGAGUGACCGCAACUCCAUCAUAUAAUUAUUUCCCCAGUCAAACAAAACCAACUUUUAUUUUCACGGUUUACAAGAAUCAAUCCUCAAAUUUUAUUUUAAGGGUUCUAAUCGUCAUUUGUAAAUCUCCUUAUUUUUGAACUGCAUGAUGAGUUUCUUUUUGGUAUAAAAGUCUUUGUAAGCGGUUUAAUAUGAUUUUAAUAUACCCUUAUUUGAUGAAUAGAAAAUAGAGAUAAAGCAA